AUAAUAAAACUUACAUUUUAUCCUCGUUCAAUUUCAUAUGUUUAUGACGCGAGUUAGGAUGACCAUCUUCCAUUCUUCAUAAUUAUCUAAUUUAUGGACAUAAUUUAUUAAGUGUAGUCAAAAGAAAAAAAAAACAAACCACUAUUUUUACAGUAAUUCCUUUUUUUACGGGGAACAUAACACAAGUAAUCAAAAUAGGGCGUUGACCCGUUUGAAUAGUUUACGGGUUUUCCCUUUUGUUUGUAAACCUAAACCCCUGCAAUUGACUAAACCCCUGGGCGAAUUUCGAUUGAUUUUGUUUGGACGAAAGCCAAUCAAGCUAUGGAGCAACAUGUAUCUUCUCUUGUGUUCAAUGGUUCUAUAAUAGAAGCCAUCACUGAAGCCAAGCGGCAGAAGAAGCUUUUUGUAGUUUUUGUUUCAGGUUGCAAUAUGGAAUCAAACCAAUUGGAAACAUCAAUUUGGCUGGAUCCAAGAGUUGCUGAUUCUAUAUCAAAGUACUGCAUUUUGUUGCACAUCGUGGAAGGAAGUACUGAUGCCACAAACUUCUCAGCAUUGUAUCCACAGAAGGCUGCCCCUUGUAUUACAGCUAUUGGAUAUAAUGGUGUUCAACUAUGGCAACAUGGGGGUUUUGUUUCUGUUGAUAAUCUUGCAUCUAGUCUUGAGAAGGCGUGGUUAAGUCUUCAUGUUCAGGAGACCACGGCCACUUUCUUGACUGCUGCACUUGCUUCGAAGAAAGGGCUAGUAUCUGGAACUUCUUCUGUAACAUCUGAAGUAGGGAGUUCUUCAAGUGCUCAAGUUUCACCAGCUCAGGCGGGGACACAGAUACAAUCUCCAAUGGCUAUACCGUCUAACAACUCUCAGAUAGUAGAGGGAGAGGACCGUGGACAUGCUGUUACAGAGAUAGACUCCUCGGUGAUUGACAUGGCUUCUCCUGGAUUAGCAAAUGCUUUGGGAUCUAGUAUUGGUGAAUUCAACGAGUCUACCACUGUGAACGCAACAGAAGAAAAGCCACUUGUUCUUGUAGAGGUGGAUUCAACCAAGGGUAAAGAUGAAUGUUCAAUGUCAAAAGAGAAUCCUGAUUUGUGUGAUCAACAGUUGGACCCUAAAGAUGAAGCUUCUGGAGAGAUUGCCAAUAAAGCAAGGAAGGUUCCUGAGAUAAAUAUAGUUGAAGACUCAGCUGCUGAGAAAGCUGAUUUUUCAGAUGCUUCGUCGAAUACAUUUCACGAUGUUUAUUUAAACAUUAGAUUACCUGACGGUUCGAGUUUACAAGUGAAAUUUCUCGUUAUGGAUACUUUAAGGAUGGUCAAGCACUAUGUUGAUGAAAACCAAACGAGCAGCAUUGGUUAUUAUGAUCUAGCAGUUCCUUAUCCUCGUAAGGUUUUCGGUGAUGAAGAUCUAGAUAGAACAUUGUCAGAUUUGGGUUUACACAAUAGGCAAGCACUGAUAAUCGUUCCUCGUAACAAAGUGAAUGUUACAUCAUUGCAUGGUCAAAACAAUUCCGCUGAGAGUAACCAUACGGCAAUUGAAGGCGAUGCAGGCUAUUUUGCUAUGAUCAGAAAAUUCUUUUCAUAUAUAAAUCCUUUAUCUUAUCUUGGUGGAAGUUCUAACACAUCAAACACUGCUCAGCAUUCUCAAGAUAGCAUAUGGCAAUACGGUCCAAACCCCACACCUCAAAAUAAUCAGACCUUGGAACGUAAGCCAUUUCAAACCCCCACAACUACCACAACCAAUAACAGAGGUAGAAAGCCAGCUUCAUCUCGCUUUGGGAGCAACAUCCACACACUGAAACAUGAUGAAGAUGAGAAGCAGUUUGGUGACAAAAACACGUUCUGGAAUGGUAAUUCUACUCAGUUCGGUGGAGAUGACAAUAGUAAAUAAGAUUCCAUUGCACUUUCUUGUAUAUUGACGGGUCUAUAAAUAGCGUAGUGGCCACAGUGGUGUAUAUUCUUCGCGGUGAUUGUUUUAAUAAGUUUUGGAUUGAAGGCUGUUCCUUCAAUAUUUACAAUGACUGGCUUAGCGUAAACUGCGGUUGCAAGAGUCCUUUUGGAAGGUAAGUUUAGUAUCUGUAAACUCCGUGAUGCAUUUUAUGGUCAGUGAAACUGUUGCAGGUGA